AUGCAGUUAACGAAAGCACAUCAUUUAUUUAUUAUUUUUGUUUUAUCUUAUUUAUUUUCUCAGCUCCGAUUACUGCUCAUCACAAUUAUCGCUUGUGGCUUCAUUGGCAAAAGCAAUGCCUAUUGUUCGCUUGAGAAGAUGAAGAAAUUCGCCAUGGAAGCGUGCGAGCAUCUAUUCAUGCAAGACGAGGCGAGGGAGAAGCGUUCGCUGUCCAUGCAAUAUGAUCACAAUGUAAUACAUCACAAUGAAUAUCCCAAAAUCAACGAUAAGAGUCAUUACAUCAGUCGCAGUUUAUAUCCACGUGGUGGUUAUUUGAAAGUGGGUCAAGAGCAUUUCCAAAUUCUCAGUCAAAUCGAUGUGGUGCCACGUUACAAGCCAAAGAAGCUGCAUCACGACAAGAAGGAACGCUAUAAGCGUGAACAUGCGCUCAGCUACAACAACAUACCCUAUUGUUGUUACAACAAAUGUGAAGAGGAUUUCUUUUGCUAAGCGUUUUACAAACUAUUUAGCGCGAUUUUGCGUCGUGUCACAAGCAACCGUCCAGCGGGUGGCAGACUGGCAGAUAGAAUCAGCCACCUUUAGCCAUUCCAAUUCCAGCCAAUUAAAAAUGCGGCCAAUAGUCACUUAAAAACAACACAUACAUACAUACAUAUGUACAUAUGUAAAUACUUUACUACUAAAUGUAUGUUGGAUUUUUAUACCUACUAUUAAUUUUUUACUUGUACAGUUUAAAGUUUAGUUUUAAUUCGAAUUUUAGUUAAAUAUGAUAUUCCUAUUAGCGCUGCUAAGCGGCGCACAAUGCACCAUGUGUACCUUAUUGAUUAGUAUUUAUUAUUAUUAUUAUUAUAGACAUACAUAUGUAUGUAUGUGCAUGCUUACACAC